CGUCAGCUCAACAAAAAAAACACAGACUACAUGUUGUGUAGAACAGGGAAGUUUGAUGCAAAGUUAUGUGACUAUCGUUCAAGAUGACGUUGCUGUUGUUCAGCCUUUAUUUUUGGAACCUCAUUUUAUUAACAUCAUCUAAUCCCAGCAUAAAGUGUCUUGUCAUAAAUCUGGAAUAUGUUAACUGUACAUGGAGUGAGCAGGGGGUCCAGAUGCACAAUUACACAUUUGAGAGCAUGUUUUCAGCAUAUGGCAAGCAGAUCUGUUCUCAGUAUUACCAGGUUAACAGGGUUAACGUGGGUUGCAGGAUUCCAUACGUUGAAACCCAAAGAUUCAAUGAUCUAGAAACGUGGUUAUAUAAUAAAAAUGGUAGUUUGGUGACUAAACAGAAACAUCAACUAAAAGAAGAGGUAAAGCUCUACCCUCCGUAUAACCUCUCGGUGGAGGCAAAAAAGGACACCGAACUGUGGCUCUAUUGGAAUGUUACGCAAAACAAGAAUUGCAUUGACAGUCAAGUUCGCCACAGGACAGAAAACACGGACUGGCAGACCAAAGAACCCAGAUCCAUGAACCAAUUCAGCUUACCGUUUCCCUCAAAAAAACGGUACGAGUUCCAGGUCAGGGCCCGGAUUAUGUCAUCUUGUGGACAGUCUAAGUACUGGAGUGAAUGGAGUAUGCCUGUGUACUGGGGACAUUCGAAGCCCAACAAUAAGACAGAAAGUCCAGUUUCAAGCUCUGUGACAUCACUGGUGCUGUAUGCAGUGGGAGCCACAGUAAUGCUUGUCAUACUCUCCUGCUUGCUGGUCCACAGCGAGAGGUUAAGGAUCAUUUUGAUACCUGUUGUGCCAAACGCAGGACGAAAUGUAAGCAAAUACCUUGCGGCUUUCUUCGACGACUAUGACGGUAACGUUGAUAAAUGGCUUUCCAUCUCUAAAGACCUGGAGAAAGGUUUCAAACCCAAUUUCACGGAGCGAGCCUGCCCAGUGCGCGAGUACAGAAUCGGGUCUCAGUCAAGCAGUGAUAGCGGAAGCGUCCUCUCAAUGCCAACAGACAUGUCAUCAGAUUAUCAAUGCAUGAGCUAUUCGUCUGCCUCUACCAUACCUGGACCAGAAGAAACCUCCCAGAAUCAGCCUCUAUCUCCGGCAGAUAAUCCAGUCUAGAUGACGGUUGGUUAGUCAGAAGCUACUGAUCUAAAAGAUAGUGUUAGGACAGAUAAUGUUAGUUUAAAGGCAGAAAGACUAUUAAAUAUAAAGGUGCUUCAUGAUGUCAGAGGAACCAUUUUUGGCUGUAUGGUUAACAUUUAAAGGAUCUUUCGCUUUGACCAAAGCCUUGGGAAAAUGUAAAUACACAACUGCAUGAUAUAUAUCAUACUGUGCAUGUGGUUUUUGGAUAUUUUAUUACAAAAAUUGUACAUAUUGUGGCUUUAAGAACCUUUGACUGAAUGGUUCUUUGGGGAACCAAAAAUGGUUCAUCUAUGGCAUCACUGUAGAUUAAACAUUUUUGUAGCACCUUUAUGUUUAAGAAUAGUGUUAGUGUUAUGUGAAAAUUAUGUAAUUAGGUUAAAAAAAGAGCUAUUACAUGUUUUCUUUUAUGUGUUCUUUAAAGCAUUAGUCCAUUUUCUUAAAAAAAAAUCAGAUAAUUUACUCACCACCAUGUCGUCCAAAAUCUUGAUGUAUUUCUUUGUUCAGUCGAGAAGAAAUUAUGUUUUUUGAGGAAAACAUUCCAGGAUUUUCUCAUUUUAAUGGACUUUAACGAAGCAUAAGGGUCUUAUCUAGCGAAACGAUUGUCAUUUUUGACAAUAAAAAUAAGCACUUUUAAACCACAACUUCUUUUCUAUCUCCAGUCUUGUGAUGAGCCAGCGUGACAGGACCGGAGAUAGACGAGAAGUUGUGGUUUAAAAGUGCAUAUUUUUGAUUUUUAUAUAGCGAAAAAUGACAAUUGUUUUGCUAGAUAAGACCCUUAUGCCUCUUUGGGAUCAUUUAGUGUCCUUUGAAACUGCCAUUUUAAACUGCAUUAAAACUGUUAUGUGUUGGGAUCCAUUAAAGUCCAAAAAAAAUGAGAAAAAUCCUGGAAUGUUUUCGUCAAGAAACAUAAUUUCUUCUCGACUGAACAAAAAAAGACAUCAACAUUUUGGAUGACAUGCUGGUGAGUAAAUUAUCUGGAUUUUUUUAAGAAAACUGACUAAUCAUUUAAGGCGUGAAUUGAUGGUAAUGCUAUGUAUUGUAAUGGAAAGAAAGGAUGAUAGACAGAAGUCAAUUCUAGAACAUGAUUUGUAUAUUUUAUAUUAGCAUUUCAUUAUAUUUGUCUUUAAGCAUCCAGACAUCUCAAAACUUGACAUGUUUGAAUAUUUAAUAUGUGCAACAUAACAUGGAGGCUGGUAUGAAGGCUUAUUUGUAGUUUAUUUUUAUAUGACAAUUUGAAUAACAUUGUAGUUUUUGGUUUAAAGCUCUAGAGUGGAAAUCCAAAAAGUUGUAGCCCAUGUAGGGUCACCAUUGUGCCCCUGAGCAAUUGCACCAGGGUAAGCUUUCAUUUAAUACGUAUUAUGCAAGAUAACGCCUCUGCUAUCUUAUACUCUGACAUUUGAACAACUCACAUAUAUAAAUAUCUGACAUGUUCGCUGGAAACCUUUGACUUAUAUAUUUCCUGUCACUUUAAUAUGCACAGUUUCAUUCUCUGUCAGAUGUUCAAACAACAUUUUGCAAAUGUUUAAUAUACUGUAUUUGCUCUUUUUAAGAUGCUUGUACACAUAUAUGAUGCUUCGAAUAGAAUGUAAUUCAUGAAUUAUGAUUUAAUAAAGUGUCAAUCGUUAUUAAUUUA